CAAUUUGCUAAGAGAAUGGUGCAUCUCAAAAAAGUAAUCUUGCCAAGAUGCCAAAAUGAGAUGAAGACCCCUCCAGAGAGGUCGGGAAUCACCUUUAAGGUCGGAGCUCAGCUGCAGGCCAGAGACUGCCAAAAAAACUGGUACUCUGCCACAAUUGAGAAAAUCGACUAUGAGGAAGAGAAAGUACUCGUACACUUCAAGCAGUGGAGCCGUCGUCAUAAUGAAUGGAUUCAUUGGAGCUCGUCCUGUUUGCGUCCACUGGAGCGCAUCAGUCUGAGGCGGCAGGGGUUAAAAAGUUCCCGCUCCUCCCCGGUAUUUGUUUCUGGUACAAAGGUUCUGGCAUGUUGGACAGACUGUCGCUUCUACCCAGCCAAAAUCAUUCGUGUCAACAAGGAGGAUUCCUACACAGUGCGAUUCUAUGAUGGAGUAGUUCGAAAUGUGAAGGCUGCUAAAAUUAAGCCUUUCCCAAAAAGGUCAAAACGGGAGAAGAAAGCAGUUGGAAGUGAAGGAUGGGAGGAGGGGGAAAGUGAGGAGGAGGACGGAGACAAAAGGGAGAAAGAGAAAGAGGAACAAGGAGAGAAGGUUUCAACUGAGGUGAAGAAAGAAAGUGCUGACAGUGAAAGUGUGGAGGCGAAUAAUCAUACUUCACUGUGCCUUCCGUCACCUGGGCCGAAUGAAGAAAGUAGAAAAACUGAGACGCUAGAUGAACCAGGCACUGCUUCCUCCAUCCAGCCAGCUCUUUCCAUCCCACCACAUGUUGACAAAGACAUCCUGUUGGAACGUCAGUCCCAUCUCCCCACCACACACAAGUACAGUCGAGAACCACUAUACAGAGUGAUAAAGAAUCAACCACCUCCCAUCCUUUCCAUUGAUUUGGACCACAACCCUUUCAAGUGCACGUCAGUGGGCUGCACUAAGUCCUUCAGAAAGGCCAGUUUGUUGCAUUACCACAUGAAGUAUUAUCAUUCUGAUCAGCUACAGGACAAGAGAAGCAGUGGGCAGGGAACUUUGAGGAGGAAACGCUCAUCUUCCGAAGGAUGCGAGUAUCUACUGGAAAGAAAGAUGAACGCACAGGCCAGCACAUUUCAUCAUGAUGACAGAGAGCACAGCAUAGUAGAGACAGUCCCACCUCCGUGUCCGAAAUCAGAGGUGAAGAAAGAGGAAGCGAGAGAGAAGCCAUAUGGAAAUGAUCGGAAGGAAAAGAAGAACUUCUUAAGAGUUAAGCUGAAGAAGAAGAAAAAGAAGAAGAAGAAAAGCCAUUCAGGACUUUGCAGCAGUGACGAUGAACUCUUAGACCAUCCACGAAUUAUGCUCAAACUCUCUCCGGAACACCCAAAUAUAUUUACACAAGCAGCUGAUGAUGGCAGCGAUUGGUCAACACUCACUGCUGAGAGUGGAGAAGACACUACUUCCUGGCCAGUUGCUAUGGAGACAGAAGAAUGUGAGGUAGUGAGGUGCGUCUGUGAGGUGGACGAGGAGAAUGACUUCAUGAUCCAGUGUGAGUCUUGUCUGUGUUGGCAACAUGGCACCUGCAUGGGCUUGUAUGAGGACAAUGUCCCGCACAACUACAUCUGCUACUACUGCAGACACACAGCAGGUUGGAGACGUAAACAACAUUACUUGCCACAACCGGACCUCCUGACCUCAGGUCACAUGUUUGGCCUGUCUUGCGUAAAGGAGAACUACUCUAUUGCUAACGCCUCCAAGAUCCUGCACACUAGCGGUCUUCUGGCCCAUACCUAUGGACUUCAUCAGGUCCUUAGUGGACUGCAGCUGAAAAUUAGUUUGCUCCACUCCGCCUCUCACCCUGACCUGCGGCUGUGGCGGUUUCCCUGGAGAUGGCUUGAUGAGGAGCCACUGAAAACCGAAGAUUCAAGGGAAGACAGUUCUGUAAGCUACGUGAGCAGUGAGCACUGUUACCAGAAACCUGGUGCUUUGAGGGCUAAAUCGGAGCCUGAAGAAAAGGAAUGUUCAAAACCAGAAAUAAAGCCUGAACAAAAGGAAAUAAAGCAAGAAGAUACUGACAGUGAUGCAGCGGUUGCACCAGAAAACUGUUACCUUGGCGAGCGCCGUCAGUUAUCCGUGAAGAGCACUGAUGUAAACGAAGAGCAUGCACUCUCGCUGUCAACAACGUCAACGAUUGGGUGUCAGUUGAACCUGUGCGAGCAUGUUGAGUCUCUUCAUCAGCAGAUCAAUGACAGGAUGGAUCUGAUUGAGAAAGAGCUGGAUGUGUUGGAGUCCUGGUUGGACCACUCCGGAGAGCUUGAGCCACCCGACCCUUUAUCCCGCCUCCCACAGCUUAAACAACGAAUCAGGAGGUUGCUGCAUGACCUCUGCACAGUGAGACUUCUGUCUGUCCAACACUGAAUUUUUGCAGCACGCAUUUGAACUUUGACCCAGCGCAUCAUGACACACGUGGUUGCACUUGGAAAAAAAAAUGGACCCGCAGUUGCUUUGCAGCAACAAAUGAAAAGGCAAUCAAUCUAGUUUAAUAUAUUUUUUAAAUGAAUUAGACUGACAUUUUUGGUGGACUUUGUGUUCAAGAACAUUUCCAUGAUGCUUUCAGUGGAGUCUCUUGAAGGUUUCAACUAACUGACUAAUGGCUUUCUACUGUUGGAAGUGGUUCUUUUUAGUCUAGAACAUGGUUUACCAAAAAACAUUUCUUUCUAUUUACCCUGGAAUAACAACCUAAUUAGUGACUCCCAAUAUAUAGUUUAAGGUUUAUAGUAUUCAGAAGGUAACCCAUAUUUUUAACUGUAGUUAAAUUAGAUUAACUUUUAUAUAUUCAGAAAGAAAUAUUUGGUUUGUAAUUUUUUGAAGUUCUGGUAGUUCCACCUGUAGGAAUGGCAAUUCAACAGAUCUACUUGGAUUUAAGAAAUGGGUGUUUAAAUUGACAGUUCUUGUCAAAACAUGCUUCUUGAGGCUUUUAUCUGAAGUCAUUGGAUUUCAUGCCGGUUUUCACGACCCAAACAGAUUGCCUUCUCUUUUUGACACCAACAUUUAUAGUGAGUAAGCCUGUGUACUGUAAGUGUUCAUUCUGUGUUCCGUUUCAACUGCGGAGUUUCACAGUUCACAAUUUGCAGUUCAGUUCAAGCCUGAGACGACCGUAUUCAGGACAUGUAAAUGGGAAGUUUUCUAUAAAUGUACAGGAGCCAACUGUAUAAAGCUGUAGAUUUAUUUUUAAGAGAAGGUCUGAAUGGGUGAACAGAUUCUGUUCCAGUUUCCAGGUGGUUUCAUUUUGCUGUGUAUGGAGUGAUCAUCUUGGCUUUGUGUCAUUACAAAUGUUUGUAAUGCUUAUUUGGAUGGGAGUUCAUAUGCAUUGUUCAUUAUAAUAA